GCACAAGCGACCUACUUCCCGGCAUCGCAGUAGCUAGCUAGCUUGGUGGUCUCUCUGGUGGAUCAUGGCGGAGAGGGGAGGAAGCGGCGAGGGGACGUCGUCGUCGCCGGGGAAGAAGGCCAGGAAGCCCUACACCAUCACCAGGCCCAGGGAGCGGUGGUGCCCCGACGAGCACGAGCGCUUCCUCGACGCCCUCCUCAGGUUCGGCCGCGACUGGAGGAAGAUCGAGGAGCACGUCCGCACCAAGACCGCGGUGCAGAUACGCAGCCAUGCGCAGAAGUACUUCCUCAAGGUCCAGAGGCUGGGCCUCGCCGCCGGGCUGCCACCGCCGCAGCACCCGAGCCGCAGGCUCGCCAUGUCGCAGCAGCAGAUCUCGCCGGCCGACGGGACGGCAGUGCUGCACGGACAGCCGCAGCAUUGUCCAACCGGUGUUGUUCAGGGUCCCGUCGGCUGGACCUAUCCGGGACCGGGAGUUCUUCCGGCGUCCAAUGACAUGCAGAACUCGGACUGGGCGGGCAGUUCAGGCACUUCAGCCUGGGUGAGCCAUGGAGGUGCAGGGAGCCAGACUGAACCAGCUGCAGCAACACACCCAGGUGGCAGCUCAUUCAUGGGGGCGCCGAGCUUCGACGAUACGAGCAUGGACUGGACUGGCAGUGGCAGCACAGGCGAAGCGUCGGCGAUCGCCGACGCGGAGGACGAGACGAUUCCGCUCCCGUUGUCGCCGGACGACAUGCAUUUCGCGCGGGUGUACCGGUUCAUCGGCGACAUAUUCGACCCAGCCACGCCGUGCCGCAUCGAGGCCCACCUGCAGAAACUCAAGGACAUGGACGGCAUCACCGUGAAGACGAUCCUGCUGGUGCUAAGGAACCUGGAGACCAACCUGACAGCACCUCAGUUUGAGCCCAUCAGGCGGCUGCUGUCGAGGUAUGACCCCGGGCGAGGCUUGUCUGGCCAGUUAUAGAGCGUGCGUGCGUGCAACCUGAAAGAAGAAAACUAAACGAGAAAGGAAGUAUAGGUGACAUGGAUGGCAAGGGAGAAAGAAAGUUGCACUGAAGACCAGAUAUGGGAGGUUGGAAUAGAAUAGAUAAUUGGUCGGACAGAGAGAUAUGACAUACAGAUAUAGUCUAAUAAGAAUGUUUGUUUCGAAGAUUUUGGAUACAGGACUGAGAUUAGCAUUUUGUGUGUGUGAUGUGCCCACUGGUUGUUGUAGCGUACUUGUACUUGCAUGUGAUGUGCUCAGCUUGGAAGAAACAUUUUUUUACUGAUAGUAGGAAAUCUAAGAAUUUCUCUGUAUAAUUUUGCCUUGGCGUUUGGCA